GUCUCAAGACACCAAAGCUUUGUUUAUGUAGUUCAUAGCGUCAACCGGUGGCCGUGAAAGGAAAAGUGCAAGUGUACUGCGGCCCUACCUAGGGAAUGGCUUAAUGAGUGCGCAGGGGCUUUAUAUGCUUCUAUAGCUUACGUCCAAUACUUCCCUCUAUAUAUAGUGUACAAAGAUGCAGAUACAACGCGUGCAACUUACGCGGCGCCUCACACAUCGCCAGGUCUCACGGACGCUACGCAUAAAUACUGUGAGGGCCUCAGCGAAUGGCAGAGAGGCUGCUCCGACCGUGCGCGUGAAGUUUAGCGUGCAUUAUCGUGCCCACCGGCACCAAAUUUUGUGCAUUGGCGGGUCCCAGUUGCCCCUCGGAUGGUCCUUCCUAUCCAUCGCCAAAAUGCCCAUGGCAUGGAACCCCGAUGACAAGUGGACUUGCGAGGUUGAGUUUGCGGCAGGGCAACGUAUUGAAUACAAGUAUGUCGUCUUAGAAGAGCAGGAAUGGACCAACUUGGCCGAUAAGUACGCCCAAGGCUAUGUGGAGGUCCCAUAUAGGACUGCUGCUGAUCCUGGAAGACCACCUGACCCCCGCGAAAUUGUGGCCAUGGCAAUUGUGGCUUGGCAGCCUGGGCCAAACCGCGUUCUCCAAGUCCCAUCUGAGGAUGAAAUAAAGAGGCUUAACAGUACGUCAGGGCCCGUGCAGCGCGAGCGAACCUACAAUACUGCGGAGUGGAUCCGUUUUGACGAGUCGGCGAAACCCUUGCUAAUACGUGACGACGUGUGGGGAUGGCCUUGAGGAUCCUCAAGGCGCCUAGCGUGAACCUCUUUCCCCUCACGCGAUCGGGUCCGGUCGUACAUGAUCGGAUACAGACCAGUGAGCAGCAGCCUGGAACGCCUGAUGCGCCCACGCUCAGGGAAUGUGGGAGCUAUGAGGGAAUGUGAACCCGCAUGCUUAGCGCCAGGAGUGGUACACCGCGCCUUGCAUCAUGCUCCCUCCAGCCUCUCUCCCAAGGACCGCCGGAACCGCUUAUGUACGCUACUGACGGCGCAGUGCCACGGGGCUGUGCAUGGCGCAUCAGGGAGGCGAAGAAUUGCGGACGUGAUGGCCGACGAACCCAAAAAGGGAACCGUGGCGUUGCGUCUGCAGGACUCUCUUGCCGUCGUGCUGGCGUUCCUGAACUCGCCUCGAGUAUGAGGAGGACGCGGCGGAGCAGUGUAGGCUCAUAUCGGGUCCCAUGGGUGUCUUGACAACCGUAGUGUGGCAAAGGUUUGCCGCAUCGCGACCCUGUAACGCUCGGGAGAUCUGGAUAUUCGCCAUCAUACAACAACAUUUUAUAUCACUGCUACAUGCCGCAGCCCUCAAUUGGACCCAGGCCAUACCGCAUUCCUAGGCACAUUUUCACGUGGAUUGACAGUGCGGCUGCAAAUUAUGUUUCUCAUUGCCAUCAGAUGUUAUAUGUUCGAUUCUUACAUCCGUACACAGCGCAGCUGGUCGUGCACUUAUGUAGCCAAGCAACAUAGCCAACUACCACAGCGUGUUAAGCCUCAGCUGUAGCAUGUUACGGAACGGAGUUUCCGCAAACACAUAUCGUACAUACAUCUUGACACACCCAAAGCGCCGCGUAUAUACACAUCU